AAUUGUGUUGAUUUCGUGUACAAACAAUAAUAAUAAUAUUAUUAUAUACUUCCCGUCGUCUCCUGAAGCAAGUUGUCUGCCUACCCGAUAUUGGGUUCAUAUUGGGAUUUUCCUGACCGAGGGACAGGCUGUCUUCAGCUGACACACAGAAACUCAACUGCUUUUGAGUGAGUUGCAGCUAAGCCCAAAUCGCCUUGGAAAACAGUGUUUCUCGCUGCUAAUACAUGUAGAGACACUGGUCAGAACAAGGCCCAGUAUGUCAACGCGUUAGAAGUGACGGGAAACUGAGAGCGGCCGUUGCCACUUGCUUUGUUGCUGUGGAGACCGGAAAGAACUGCGUGCCGCGCUUGGCAAUGCCGCUGCCGUGCUCGGACUACUGACGCGUGACGGACCGGACCAUGCACGGUCGCUGCCCCGUAUUGACGAAGUCGUCAUGGCGGCUUGUGCUGGUGUCCAUGCUGGCAACACAGGUUGUCGGCUUUCUGCUGAUGGUGGGCUUCUCCCCACGCCCGGACAUCGAGUCAUCUGUGUACGUGAAAGCUGAGUUUCCGGCGAUUCAGCCCCACCCCGAUCACCUGUCAAUGACGUCAGCCAGUAGUCAUGCGUCCAGUGCAAAAGACCUAUUUCGAGAAAGUAACUUUCCGCCUGGCUCUGUGGCCAGAGGCCCAAGUGCUGACAUCCCACAGGUACUCGCCGGUGAGGCACUGGAUGAUGCAGUCAUUGCACUAUACAAGCAGCGCGUCUCGGAGCGUAACCGCCGCUUGGUCAUCCUGAACGAGGCCAAGUUCGGCGCCGUGUCGCCGAGCGACGUCGUGAUUGUCGUCCAGGUGCACCGGCGCGUGCGUGAGCUGGAGCUGUUCCUGUCGGGGCUGGCGAAGGCGCGUGGCGUGGAGUCCAGUCUACUCAUUGUCAGCAUGGACUACAUUACGCCAGGCCUGGAAAACAUCAUUGGCAAUAUCACCUUCUGCAGGGUGUUACCUAUCUACUUCCCCCAUUCGAUUCAGCUGCAUCCACGAGAGUUUCCCGGCACUGAUCCGCAUGAUUGCAAGCCGUCCUUAUCUAGACAAGAGGCUGAGGUGGCUGGCUGCGGGAAUGCGGGCAACCCUGAUUCGUACGGUCACUACCGGGAUGCUGGCAUCACGGCCACUAAGCAUCACUGGUGGUGGAAGUGUGCGUUUGUGUUUGAUCGGAUUCCCGCACUGCACAAUCACACCGGCUUCAAACUGUUCGUCGAAGAAGACCACUAUCUCGCUCCCGACUUCCUGCAUGUUCUCAACCUGAUGGAGAAGUCCAGCAUUGAGGAUAAGAGGAACGUAGACUUCUUCUCUUUAGGCAGGCAACGGAAGAAAUUGGGCAAGGGAGACCGGGUCCGCUUCAGUAAGAUCAGCAAUGGAGACUUCUCGCAGUUCGAGGCAGGCAUGUGGAAUUCUGCGGUUUACAACAUGGGUUUCGCCUUCAAGAGGACGGUCUGGACCACUGUGAAGAGUUGUGCACAGGUGUUUUGUACAUAUGACGAUUACAACUGGGAUUGGACACUGUUCCAUCUUGGCAAGUCGUGUCGGAACACGCCCUUCGAGGUCAUGGCCGCGCUCGCGCCCAGAGUCUAUCACUUUGGCAUGUGCGGCGUGCACUUCAAGAUGAAGAACUGUAAUCCUGCUGAUGCUCUCACGGAGUACAUACAGUUCCUCGACGGCAACCGGUAUAAGCAAUUUCCGACAGGCAUAACCAGUAUCGUGCCCGUGGCCCGCAUGCGCCGAAACGUGAAGCCCUUCGGUGGCUGGGGAGACCGCCGCGACGUACAGCAGUGCAUGUCAUUCAUUGGCUCAUAGCGACGGGACAUACAUUACUCCAGUGAUAUCAUUCAUUGGCUCAUAGCGGCAGCUAGGACAUACUCCAGUGAUGUCAUUCACUAGGUCAUAGUGGCGUGACGUACGGCAGUGUAUGUCAAUCGCUGGGUAAUGGCGGCGGGACAUACUCCAGUGAUGUAAUUGACUGGCUCAUAGCGGCUGGACAUACUCCAGUGAUGCAGUUGACUGGCUCAUAGCGGCGGGACAUACUCCAGUGAUGUCAUUCACUGGGUCAUAGCGACGGGACAUACUCCAGUGAUGUCAUUCAUUGGCUCAUAGCGGCGGGACAUACUCCAGUGCGGGCAUGUCUGGGUGCCGCCACUUUCCACCACAGGAGUGCUUACCGCUCAGGUAGGGUGUGUUGCCACGGCGGUUCGUGACCGUCCUUGAUCUCGUAGCGGCACUGUACCUUACCUUUAAUACUGACCAUUCAUGAAAAGAUGAUUCUGAAGUCUAUCUCUCCAAAAAGCAAGCCAUAACAAGAAUAGGAUAUCGGCCAGGUUUUGCCCCCCAGCACUGAAUUGGAGGAAAACCAUGAAAAUCCAGGCCGUUCACACCACUUGCAUAACAGUACAUUGCGCGGGUUCGAACCCCAGCUGAAGUACCUUUUUGGACCCCUUUUCAAGUUCCAAGUCUCGCGGCAUGCACUGCACCGUGUACCACAAAAUCACGAAAAAUCGCCAAAUACGGGAUCUAGCCAGCGCCAGCGCUCUGAAUGGACUGAAUGGACAAAGGACAGUGUCACUAGCAAUUACCUGUAUUCUGUGCAACCCUACUAGCUGCUGUUGCCUUGAAUAUGUUGAUGGUAACUUAUCUAACGUUAACACCUCUAUUUACCAUUUUAAUACUCUUUCACUGAUCCUAUAUCAUUCUGAUACUAGUUUAUCAGUUUGACACACACCUGGCGUUGUCCUGCACCUAUUACCAGUCACUAUCUCCUCAUCCUCUGCUUUAUUUCGAGUCAAUCUACCUCCUGGAGCAGGCUGUGGUCUUUGUUGUGCGACAGCUGGUCUGGUGCAGGGUGCGCAUGCAUACACGCACAUACCUCAGACCUCAGACAUGCCCAUCGCGGGAGCGAUGAUAGCGAACAGCUAUGUUAGACAUAGCAACUUGUGCUGGGAUUACACCAUUCAACAGCUUGCAAGGCUGAUGAAUUGACCGCCACUAUUUUUAGCCUGGUAUCCACCACACGCACAUACACACACACACACACACACACACACACACACACACGCACACACACACACACACACGGAUACUGAAAGGUGAUGUGAGUCCGGGGCCGGGCGGAUGCCAUGUUUCACCGCGUUGGAUACAGCGGUGCAGAGACGGCGCUCGGGUUGGUUAACAGUUUUGAUGAGAUUGGACACUACACCUUAGUCCACAUUUUGACCACCAGCGAACAAACUCUGCAUGCAAGCUUUUUUUUCAGGCACACCACGCUUCCAUAAAUCUAAUUUGAGUGUGAGGCUGCAUGGUAGCCGGAUGAAAAUGAUGCAAUCGCAUUGGCUGUCUUAGUGACAGGAAUGAACAAGGAAUCAUCGCCACGCGCGCGUCUUCAAGGAUAGCGGAAGGUCAAGAACUGAGGUGAAAUCGUUUCGCGCACACAUAGUCAUUGUAUUGUGUUCAAUAGGCUUAUAGCUGUUCAACUCUUCAUGAUUAUAUUUCGAUCACCUUGAGGUGUG